AAGAGAUAACCUAGUAGGGUGCGUUUCGUUUCUCGCAUGAUACGCAUAAUGCGUCGUUUAUCCUUGUUGCUCAGCAAAUAUUAAACAAGGACAAUGGAUGCAUCAUGCGCAUCAUGCGUGAUAAGGAACGCACCUCUAGUUGUUUUCCAUCGUAGAACGUUUCUUCAUAAACAUGGCCAAGAGAAAAUCUUUAAAUCGUGUAUCCCGACGAUACACCAAACGUAGAUCCGUCGAUUCUAUCGGUUCUGGACAUCUCGAUCCUGAUACAUCCAUCGUGGAUGAAGAACAAACAUUAUGGUGGAAUAACUUGGAAGAGAAUACGUUCCCUCCGCAUUCCAUGAUUCACAGUGCAAAUGAAACGCCUAGAAUGCUGAGGUCUAAUUCAAGGAUUGAUUCUAGCCAGAGUUCCGAUCCUACGGGAUGGUGGAAGAAUUUGAACUCUAAUUCCGAACCCAUUGCUUCAAAAAGCUCGAGGCGCAGCGCAGCAAUAGUUAAAAGUCGUAUGUUGCAAAUUUCGACAUCCGAGACAUCUGAAUCAGAGAAAGAGCUUAAUUUAAGAAAGAAGAAGGUUCGUUUAAAAACAAGUAAUAGGAAAAGUAUUAAUAAUGCUUUCGCAAAUGCUUUGAAUGAUCCCGAGGCAACUAUGCCAUUAAAAACGCGGACGAAACAAGUCCGCUCUGAAGUACAUAUCGAUUCGGACAGUGAAUCUUUGCAAGGAAGGUCGCAGAAAAAUGAAGAGGAUAGUAAUUCAAGUCCAACUUCGAAGAUUUCGAAAUUAAAGCCAAAUAUUUUUAGAACAAGAAGAGGUGGAGAUAGUAUGAAAGAUCAGAACGCCUUUCAGGAUGUACUAACGGAAGAUAAUGUUUUGAAUGCCAGUACUGCGAAAACAUCAGUCGCGUUUGAAAAGGAAUCCUCGCAGCGUUCGAUGUACCAAAAUAUUAAUACGAGUAAAGAUCAUAUCGACGAUCAAAGGAAAUCAAUAAGAUCGCCUCAAACAAUGACAAGUAUUUUGAGAACAAGAAAAAGUGGAGGUAUGAAAGAUCAGACCGCCUUACAGGAUGUACCGUUGGAAGAUGAUGUUUUGAAUGGCAGUACUGCGGAAAAAUCAGUCUCGUCUGAAAAGGAAACCUCGCAGCGUUCGAUGCAUCGAAAUAUUAAUACGAGUAAAGAUCAUAUUGACGAUCAAAGGAAAUCGAUAAGAUCGCCUCAAACAAUGACAAGUAUUUUGAGAACAAGAAAAAGUGGAGGUAUGAAAGAUCAGACCGCCUUACAGGAUGUACCGUUGGAAGAUGAUGUUUUGAAUGGCAGUACUGCGGAAAAAUCAGUCUCGUUUGAAAAGGAAACCUCGCAGCGUUCGAUGCAUCGAAAUAUUAAUACGAGUAAAGAUCAUAUUGACGAUCAAAGAAAAUCAAUAAGAGCGCUCGAGGAUAUUGAAACUGGUUCGUUAACUCCAAACGUUAAGAAGGCAGUGCCUGAGAAUAACGUUGAGAUUGAAAGUAGCGAUGAAAGCAUCAUUAUACCUCGUCAACAUUUAAAACUUAUGUCUCACUUUAAGCAGCGAGCGCGGAAAAGCAUAGGAAAAAAUAUGUUUGCAGAUGUUCUAGCUUAUGAUAGUAACGCAAGUUCAUCUACAUCCAAUCCAAAUAAGGAAAACAAUAUUCAUAGAUCUUCAAUUCGUAAAAGUCCAAGAUUGUCUUUAAAUAAAUCUAAAAAGCAGCAAUCAGAUGUAUCGGUGCAAGAUAAAGAUAAUAUUGAAUCAAAUUUGAGCAGCUCAUCCUUUGAUAACGAUGAAUCCCGCGGAACGAAAAAGUCCAUAUUUUUUAAGCCAAAAUCAAGAAUUCUAACACGUUUCCGUAAGCGCUCAACUAAUCCGUUCGAAGAAAUUUUGAAGCAAGGUCAUAUCAGUGAUAGAAGAAGUAAUGUUUCAUUUGAAGAUAAUCGUGCUUCUUCUGAGCGAGAAACUACAAGGAUUAAUCAGGAACGUGAAUCUUUAGCAACACAGAAAAAUCCACAAUCAAGAAAGCGUAGUACUACGAAUGAGGAAGGUUCUUAUGAAAUAUUUCUCGAGGUGUCAUCAAACGCCGAGAAAAGUCGAUCUAAGGAAGCUAAUAUAUUAUCGGAGGACGAGAAUAAACUAUUAGAAAACGGCGAUCUCAAUAAUGCAUCAAAAUCAGUUUCUCGAAAGAGUGUAAUUGCUAAAUCGUCAGAAGAAAAGAUUUCCAACCUCAAGUCCAUUAGGGAAAAAACUUUGAAGGAAAUCGCAUGUGCAAAUGCAAUAUCGCCUAUCGGUAGAUUAAGUACUAAUGUAAUAAUACAAGAUGCAAAUAACGAUUCACAUGCUGACAUAGAUGUAGAACACGUACAUUCAUCCGAAUCAAGGUCUGAUAAGGAAGUUGGUUUUAUUUCUUCCAAUAAGCAAAGUUCAUCUAAGAAAUUGAACAAAAUAGAUGAUUUUUUCGUCAAAAUAAAAAAAACUUCGGCGAAACAACUAAGCGAACGCGCGCAAAAGUCGCCAGGCUUCGACAGUGAAAAAAUGAAGAAGAUUAAAAUGGAAUUGGAGAAACUAAAGAGUCGUGAGAUGGCCGCGAUGAAAAGAAACUCGACCGAUAAGAAAGCAUCUGCAGUAAAAAAGGAAACAGUGAAAUUUUUUAUGCCUAAACAAGAUACAAAGAAGAAGAAGCUGCUCAUGAAUUCUACGAAAGUAGUGGAUAAGGCAUUUCUAGUAAAUGGAAAAGUAUAUAGACCACCAAGACUUCCUCGUCCGAAACAUUGGGCUACAGAUCGUCUUUACAAGUUUCUGUGGAAACGAUUGGAGCCAAAGUACAAACUGGCCACGAGAGUGAAAUCCGAGAAAUUCGUGCAAGAAUUAGCUACGGUAGUAACUACUAUUGAACGUCGUAAGAAUUACGAAAAUUAUAAGAACGAAUUAACGACUCUGAUGAAGGAAAUGGCUCGUUUAAAACUUAUCAAUACUCGUAUGGACUUUUAUCAUUUCUGUCAGGAUUUUUUACCAUAUGAGUUUCGUAUUAAAGUCAUACCUAUGACAUUACCCGGCAAUAUAAGUAAUAUUCCCUUCGAUCCAGAAAAUGUGCACACUCCUUUACUUGAUGCCGAAUGAGUAAUCGUUGAAAUUACAAUACGAUACAAUAUAUUGAUUAUGUUUAUUUAAGCUAUGCGUGUAUAGCAUGUGCGAUUUCAUUCUUUAAAUGUACAGGGUGUUACAGAUACAUACUAGGCAGUAUGACGGAUUGCGCGGUAAACUUUGC